ACAUUCAAACAGAGGGCGGGAUGUUCGGACGCUGAGCGGAAGCAGGAGGUACCGGCUACGCAGAGUACUCCGGCCAAGGCGUUAGCUCGCACCUUACAGACUCCUCUGUCAGGGCUCCCCGACCCGCCGUCACCGCGCCUCACCGAUGGCCUCGCAGAAUGUAGAUCCGGCUGCUGCCUCCUCUGCCGCAGCCCGCAAGGGGAAGGAACAAGGCGCCGCGGCCGCCAGGGGAUCUGUGGGCAAGAGGUUACAGCAAGAACUGAUGACUCUGAUGAUGUCUGGUGAUAAAGGGAUCUCUGCUUUCCCUGAAUCUGAUAACCUGUUUAAGUGGAUUGGGACCAUUGAUGGAGCUGUGGACACUGUUUACGAGAGCCUGAGGUACAAGCUCUCACUGGAGUUUCCGAGUGGCUAUCCUUACAAUGCCCCCACUGUGAAGUUCGUCACACCGUGUUUUCACCCGAACGUAGACACUCACGGAAAUAUUUGUCUUGACAUCCUGAAAGAAAAGUGGUCAGCUCUGUACGAUGUCAGAACUAUCCUUCUAUCUAUUCAAAGUCUCUUAGCAGAGCCCAAUAAUGACAGUCCACUGAAUCCACAUGCUGCAGAGCUAUGGCAGAAUCAGACCGCAUACAAGAAGCAAUUACAUGAACAGUAUAAGAAGCAAGUUCAAGAAAAGGACAUAUAACUUACCUGCACCUUCUCUGCUCUGUACAUGACUGCUGUAAAAUAUAUGCUUAACUUAAUCCUAAAGUGUACAAAUAAAAGUGGUUUUAUAAUUUUGUCUAG